AUGUCAUCUCAAGUGUAUCUCACACCUAAUAGUCUCGAACUUUCAGCUCAGCCAACUCUCAAAGCUUUGUAUUCUAAGAAUAUCAUACUUGAAGGGUAAAAUUUAUACAGAAAAUCUUCAUCAAUCCCUGGUGUAAUUUUCAUCAAUGAUGAAAUCAUAUCCAAUAUAAUUGAGCUUGACGGAUCCAAUCAAUCCAUUUCAAAUCUACAAGAAUUGUAUGAAGAAUAUGAGUGGGAAGAUCUUGGUGACCUUUAUGUCAGUCCGGGGAUAAUCGAUCUGAAUGUUUGUUUUAACAACGACAAUCCUAUAGGAACAAAUGACGAAACAAUAGAGUACGAAGGAAGCGCAGUUAGCGAAAAUUCAGGAUGUAUCACAAGCACCAGUAUAGAGCAGUGAGAAGGAUACGAAAUUGGCAGUCGAGCUGCAAUUGCAGGGGGAAUCACAACAGUCAUAGAGUCUCCUACAAUUACGAGAUCUCCGUUAACAACAAUUCAUGAUUUUUCUCAUAAGCUGAAUUCCUUACUCCGACUAAAAUUGAACUUAUAUCAGUAAAAUUUAUUCCGGUAAAUUUAUUUUUAUUAGGUAAAAAUAAUAAUUUCUAUGUAAAUAACUUUGUUACCUAAUCUAUCUGGCUCGCCAAAAUCGAAAACGAGCCUUUAACCCUCUCUUUUUAGAUGAUGAAGCUUAAUUAGAGGCUUAAUCAAAGUAGCACUUUGACCAGACUAUUUUUAUAAAUAUUUUUUAUGUGAAGAUUUCAUAUAAUUUUUUUCUUAAAAUAAAUAUUAAUUUAUUUUUUUUUUCAAGAGUUAGAAGAAAUAUCACUUUAUUGCGACAUUGGGUUUCUCGCACAUGUAGAUAUGAACUCUUUAUCAGAAAUGGAAGAUCUCGCUAAAGCAGGAAUCAUGGGAUUUAAAGGAUACUUAUUGCCACCAUCAGGAGAUAUUAAUUUUAUUCCUGUUGAGAAGCUUGGGGUUUUAUAUGACUCUGUUGCAAGGACUGGGAAACCACUAUUUUUUCAUCCAGAAAAGACUAAUGAGAGGUAUCUUUAUAUGAGUUCGCCAUUUCGAAAAGAGGGUAUCGAAAACCGCCAAAAUAUCCCACAGCCAGAAAUGACUACUUUUGCAGGGGCUUUUCCAGAAGACAUAGAGCCGACUUCAUCUGAUACUUCUCCUAUUAGUUCUAAUCAGUCUACGCCUAUGAGAAAUACUCCUUCCUCUGAUAUAAAAAGUGAAAAAUAUUUGGAAAGGCAGUUAAGAUACCAGUCAAAUAACCUAGAAAGCUUAAUUAAAGCAGAAAUGAUGACUUAUUCACGGUCAGGUUUCACUGUUUUUCAGCCAGCAGUCUCUAAAAUCACUGACUUCUUAGAAGUUUCGCCCGAAAAAGCUGUAUCUCCAUUUCAAAUAAGAUCUCCAAACCUCACCCUAUUCAGCAGAAAGAGCCCAAUAAAACCAAUAAUAACAGAAACAAAUGCAAGACAAGUUCGAAGACCUCCUCCAAUUAUGUGUAAAAAAGCAGUAAUCCCUAUGGAGAACUCAGAUUAUAAGACUUAUCUCUCAAACUCUCCUCCUCAUUGGGAAGCAAACGGUGUUCAGCUUUUGCUUUCUGAGCUAGCUAAAAAUCCUAACUCCCCCCCAUCCUUGAUCGAACGACUCGCUAUCGUUCGAUCAAGGACGGGGUUAAAAAAAUUUUUGGGAAAAAAAAUUUUAUAUAUAUAUAUUUUUUUUUAUUUUUACUUUUAAAUAAGAGGGUUAAGAGUAUUUAAUAAUUAUUUUUACAGUAAAAAAUUAAAUUAAUUUUAUAAAAAUACCAAUUUUUUUAUAUUUUAAUUUAUUAGUUAUCCCUUUAAACUGUAUAAAUAUUAAUUAGUUCCUUAUUAAAUUAAAAUUUUUUUUUUUAAGUUUUAAAGAAUCUGUAUUUUAUUAGAUUAUUGAGUUUUUAAGCCUAGGUUGAUGACUAAAUCACUUCGAAUGGUUGAUUCCGAAGCUUUCUGUCGUCUCAAAGUCUCUGAAAACAACUUCAUUAUGUACAUCUUCCCAAGCUUUUGAUAACAAUUAUAUUUUUAUAUUUAUAAAAUUUGCAUGAUAUGAAAAUCGUUUGAUCAAGGAUGGGGGUUAAUUUUCCCAAUUUUUAGUAAUUUUUACAGUUAAUAGUUCGAUCAAGGAUGGGGGGGAGUAAUGCAAAAGUUCAUAUCUCGAAUUUAAGCAGCGCAAAUGCAGUUUAUAUUAUCAGAAAAGCAAAACGUGAAAAUCCUGAUUUGAUGGUCACUUGUGAUACUGCUGGGUUUUAUACUCAUUUUUCUGAUGAGCACAUCAAGGAUGGAGAUACAAGAUUCAAAGUAAAUCCUCCUAUUCGAGAAGAAAAAAAUAGAAAACUUUUGUUAGAUGUUUUAAGACUUGGUGGGAUUGAUAUCCUAACUUCGUAUCAUCGGCCAAUAAAACCUUUUCUUAAAUGCUUGCAGAAAGGGGAUUUUAAAAGGGCUGUAAGUGGGAUAAGCAGUAUUGGGCUUAAUUUGCAGUGCUGCUGGGAAGCAUUAAAAGGAGACCCAAGAAUUGUGGCUCCGAAACUAGCAAAAAUUUUACUUACUCCCUUCUCCUUCGUAAGCGAAUAGAACCAUUGGAAAAAAUACCUAUUUUGGCCAAAAGCUCACCUCCUUGAAUGAGCAAAAAAUUUUUGGGAAAAAAAAAAAAUUGAUAUAAAAGUGAUAAUUAAUAUAACGAAAUCUCUAGCUAAAUAUGUUGAAUUUUAAAGAGCUUAGCCAAGUUCCAGCUGAAAUUAUUGGUAUAAGUCAUAUAAAAGGAAGCAUCGCCAUCAAUAAGCAUGCAGAUCUCAUAGUGUGGGACCCAGAAGACCAAGAAGCCCAGACAUGCAUAUAUAUGAGACAUCCACAAAUUUCUCCAUUUAAAGGAGAAGUCCUUCCAGGAAAGAUCCAUAUGACUUACUUAAGAGGAAGCCUUGUGUACAAAAGAGGACUGUUUUUGGCCAAUGGUAAAGCAUUGUAG